AUGGAUGGCGUUAAACGUCCUUUGAGUUGUGUUAAAGAUGUUAGUUUAUCACCUGUGAAACGUCAGAAGAUCAGUUUGCCGGAUGAAACGUAGGUUUAUUCUGUUUUUCAAUUGUUGUUUUAGGCUGUACAUUCGGGCACACCUUGUUACACAAACCCAAGAUGCUUUGGAAGUGAGGGGAUUACGUGUUGAUGAUUCUACCGAAGUCACCGUUACUAUGAGGGACAUCUGGGCACAUUCAGCUAUAAAACCAGGGCAAUUGUUUGCUGUGUUUGGAAUUUCUAAUCCUUUUACGGAUGUUAGUUUGUAAAUUUUGUUUUACAUGUUUAAGUUAUAAUAUUUGCAGGUAUUAGACAUAAGUAUACAUGGAGGAACAGUGGUGAUUGAACCGUUGUUUUUGGUAUCUCCGACUGUCUUGACUUCAGUUAUGUUUUGUGAAAGAAAGGCAAUGUUAAGUGAGAGGUUUAGAGCGGCUGGUACUAACCAAUGCAUGCUGUUGGGUUGUGUUGUACACGAGGUGUUCCAGGUUAGUCUAAUUUUUUGUUUUGUAGUUUAGUUUUAGAUUUUCUAAUUAAAUAUGCUUUUAGUCAGCUCUUGAAAACAGGAUGUCCCGGCCGUCAGCGGAAGAUUUGCAAAAAGUGGCUGAGAAUCUCGUUUUGAACAAUUAUGCUGUUGACUUAGUACUUAUGGAUAUAGGUAUUGAUAGUUUUAUGAAAGACUUGAAGCCUUACCUCGAAAAUUGUUCAAAUUGGUUGAAGUUGUAUGCUCCGAAACCAGUUGGGUUUUCGAAACCAUUGGAUAAACAACUGAGUAGAAUGUCAGCGAUCAGUGGCAUUGAGGAUUACAUUUCUGAUAAGCAAUUGGGUCUAAAGGGAAAGAUCGAUGUUUCUUUCAAAGUGGGUCUAUUUUAAUCGGUUUUUUAAGUGGGAGUAAUGAUUUUGAAACACAUUUUUUUAGAUAUUCAACAAAAGCACUGUUUUUCCAUUGGAAUUGAAAACGGGAAAGUCUGCCAAGAGUUUGGAGCAUCAAACACAAGUGUUCUUAUACUCUUUGAUGCUUAAGUACGCUGCCAAUGACAAAGUUACAGUGCCUGGUUGGAUUUUAUAUUUAAAGGAUCUUCAACUGUUUAAGGUUGAGCCAAAAGAACAAGACCUGGCUGGUGUCCUUCAUAUGCGGAACAUCUUAGCCAGCAAAUUGGCUGAUUUAAGUUUGGAUUCAUUCUCACGUAAGUUUGUCUUGCUUAUUAUUUAACGGAUAAGAAGUGUUAUGUGCAAAAUAUGCUUUCUUUGUAUUGUGUUUUAUUAUAUUGUAAAUUAUAUCGUUUUAGCCAUUCGUAAGGAUGCGAAGUUUUGUGAAGGGUGCGAACAGAAGCUGAACUGCUCACUGGUCAACAAGUUUUCUUCCACUGAGACCUGCAGAAGUGAAAAGUCGAGAGAAUUUGCAAAAGAACAAGUCAAACAUCUCGAAGAACCAGGAUUAGAAUAUUGUAAGAGAUGGAUCAGGUGGAACUUUAUGGAAAUGGAGGAACAGAAAAGGAGGAAUGAAGAUAAUUACCUAAAGAAAACGACUUCCGAUCUUGACAGUUAUACCACCUUCUCUUUGACGAUGCAAAAUGUUACCAGUUUGAUGGAAGAUUCUCAAACAACGUAUGUUAUAUUAAUUUUUUACAUUUAUGUUUGUUAGUAUGAAGUUUUUUUUCAUAAGUCUUUUACUGAUAAAUUAUUAAUAAUCUCUUUACUCACGUGUAGGAAAAAGAUGCGCGACAGAAUAAUUGCAAUGGAAGGACCGAAAUUCAUGCCUUUAAACCAUGUUCCGCUAACAAAGAUCGGGCCAUUUGUAGAAGAUCUAGAUGAAUGCCAGCGUGACGCUGUUGUCAUGUGUCUGAGAGCAGAAGACUUUGCCAUUGUGCAAGGAUAUCCUGGCGCGGGCAAAACUACUACAAUAUGUGCUUUUAUUAAAUCUUUGAUAGCACUGGGAAAGACUGCUAUUAUCACUGCUCAUACCAACUCGGCUGUAGACAAUGUUCUUCUGAAGGUUGGAAAGGAUCUAUCGGAAAGUGUCAUGCGAAUUGGCAGCCAGAAGUCGAUUCAUCCCGGCUGCAAAGAGUUUACUUUAGAAUACCGUUUGAAUCGGAUCAGUAGUCUACUGGACCUCAGUACGAAAGAGAAGAUGUUCAUGAUACGGAGGUUACUGAUGGAUACGGUGGGUUACUGUUUUACAAGGAUUUUUCGACCGGUUUUUUAUUAGCGACCAUACCGAUUUUAAUGCAAAAAAUUGAAAUUUUUGUAUAUUUUUAUUGUCUUUCAAAAAACACGACGAUUUACAUUUUCUACCGUUAUCAUAUUUUUUUAGAAUUUGUAAAUUUUUAGCUUAGACAACUUAUUCAGUUUACUUGAUCACUUUUAAAAAUUUUUCGGUAAAUUUAAAUACUUUGAAAAAUGGUUUGGACAUUUAAACUCUUAAUUGUGUAUGUUUAGCCUAUCAUAUUUACGACGUGCUUGAUGGCCUCUAGUCAUUCUUUGUUUUCUUCACGUCGCUUUGAUUAUUGUAUCGUCGACGAAGCUUCUCAAGUCGUGGAGAACAUUGCUUUGAAGCCGUUAUUGUGUUCAGAUGUGUUUGUCAUGGUUGGAGACGUGAACCAGCUGGGACCACUGGUCGUAAGUAAACAAGCGGGGUAUGUUUUUAUAUUGUUUUAGGUAAUUUUCUUAUUUUUGUAAUCCGAGUCGACAAGUUGAUGUUCUGUUCUGUGUUAUUUGAGUUUGAAUAUUGUAGACAAGAGGGAAUGAGCAAUUCAUUAAUGGAACGACUAUUAAAUUAUCAUGGGUUUGAAGGAGAACAUACUUCUGUCUUGUCCAAGCAAUACCGCAUGAAUCGGGUGAUAUGUUCGUUGUCAAGUAGUUUAUUCUACAAUGGGAAGUUGGUAUGUGCCAACGAGAAGGUGGCAUCAAAAUGUCUGGACGUUAAAGCCCAACAAAAUGACGAGAACAUGAGUUUUGGUUAGUUUUGUAAACUUAUUUUGAAUUAUAUUGCAAUUACAACACAAUUACAUUAUUUUUUAGAAGUUGCGGAGAAGAUUCUGUCAUCAAAACUGGAGGAUUCUGUGGUAUUUGUAGAUACCUAUUCAAAGUCAUACGGAGAUGAUUUUUCUGCCAAUGCUUCAGUUGGGUUGAGAUCAAGAUUCAAUUCAGGUGAAGCAUCGUAUGUUGUACAACUGUGCGAUUACUUGGUCGAUGUAAGCUUUGAUAUAUUACUCUAGUAUGGCUUUUACCAAUUGUAUGGUUUUUUAUAAUUUUAUUGACACUUUUAGUGUGGUAUCUCAGUUGAUGACAUUGGAAUUGCGUCUCCGUACAAAGGGCAAGUCGAUCACCUUCAGAAGCAACUGGUUCAGAAGUUUGGCAUGAAUUCCCCCGAAUGUAGUACGAUCGACAGGUACCAAGGCAGAGACAAGACUGUCAUGAUAUUGUCCUUGGUCGAUGGAGGUCCUGAAGGGAAGACUAACAGUCCAGACUUGUUGUCAGACUUCAGAAGACUGAAUGUAGCCUUGACUCGAGCCAAACAAAAGCUCAUCUUUGUGGGAUGUAAAGAGACUUUGAGUUGCUCUACUAUGCUUGCAAACCUCUUCAAUAAGAUUACUGUAACGUUAAAGGCUCGUUGAUGGUUUUUACUAUCUCUCUGUUAUAUAUAUUGUUUCUCUUUUAGAAUUUGUUUAUACAAUAUUGUAAUUGCCAUAUCACUUAUAACGAAGUUUAUUGAGUUUUCUGUGUUUGCCAUAUGUCUCAUUAGUACAUUUCUUUUGAAUUUAUUCAUCUCAUGUUCACAAAUACAUCUCAUAUAAUAUAAUACACCUCAUACAAUAUAAUACAAUAAAUAAACGCUUGUGAAAUUUGUUUGUUUACUUCAAUUUCAAAACUAUUUCCGGUCUGAAAUUACAUUGUUUUCCUAAGGGCCUAGUAGCCUCGCGCAACUAGAUGACCACCGCUUUCCUACCCGCGUAAACGAGAUCGUAUUACGUCUUACCAGAGUAUAUAAAGAUGGAAAUAGUACAGCACAGUCAUCCAUCAUGGACGUCAGAAUACUGUUACUUUUGACCAUCCCAUCGGCCAUUUUGGCCUGUGGUGGAAUCGAGCCAUCUCAAGACCCAUACGAUCCUCUCGGCAAAUGGCACGGAAGGGUGAGUUGACUUUUAUAUUGGAAAUAAUCAUAGGACUAGUCGUAAAAAAAUAAGUUUUAAAAAUUACGAAAAGGGCACUUUAGCAAGUGACUUAUCUAUAACAACAAAAUCAAUUCGUUGUUGUAACAUUACUUAUUACAGCACAUCAACUGUGGUCACCCUGCCUAUAUGUACCGACUUCCAGCUGAUGCCCAAGAGAAGAUCAAACAAAUCUGGGCGGAUUACGAAGCUGGAGACGAAUGUGACAAGAGAAACGAAGCCACGAUGCAAGUGGUGCAUGCCAUCCCAGAAGAAGUGCGUUUCAAGGUGUUCCAUGGAAUGUGUGGACCUGCCUUCUUGAAAGAUGUAUCCCCAGCCAUCAGGACUCAGUUCCAGAAUGUGUGGUUCGAUGACAACAUGUCCAUCGACGAAAAAGAGUCCGAGUUCAAGAAGUUGGCUUACUCGCUGCUGACUGGCGCUGCUGUGAGUUUUUUUUCUGAAUUUUAACUAUUUUAUUGUCACAAUUAAAACAUUAUUCACUUAAAUUUUUGUAUUACUAUACCUAAACGUAUUUAUUUAGUUGAACAAGUUCAACGAGUUCGAAGCCGAACUCCGAGAACGCAAGCAGCAACGUCAACAAACCAUCGAUGCCUUGUCUCCCGCGGCCAAAGAAGCCUACCACAAGUGGAACAACAUGAGGAAACAAGAACGCCUCUAUCUGGCUUCUCUUCCAAUGGAUGUCAGAGCUGAGCUCAGACUGGUUUGUACCUUUUGCGGUACUCACAAGGUUGGCAAGCAAGACCACCGCCGUGCCAGAAGAUCAGUUCAAGUUGACGCUAUCGAUGUAGCUAGAUCUCUUCGCCGCUCAGAAGCCGAAAUUCUUGGAGCUUUUUAA